AUGUGCUCAACCAAAGUGUCGACGGGUGGCGCGAGGGUGGCGCGGCUGGUGCUGACGGUCGUCGGCUUCCUGUCGACGGUCGCCGCCGCCGCCCACUGGGACCACGCGGUCGAUCUGGACGAGAACUACCGGCUACUGUGGAGCAUCGCCGGCCAGGACAUCACGUUCGAGGUUCAAGCCCGCACGCUCGGCUACGUCGGGCUCGGGUUCUCCACCGACGGCACCAUCUACGGCGCCGAUAUCGUCAUCGGGUGGGUCGACGCCGGCCAGGUCCACUUCCAGGACCGGCACUUCAUCAUGACCAGCAACGGCGAACCGCACGUGGAUCCAUCGCAGGACUACAUUCUGCUGCUCGGCUACCAAAAUGCAACCCACACGGUGCUGCGCUUCCGCCGGAAGCUCGAUACGUGCGAUACGGUACACGAUGUGCCGAUAACGAACGACACCAUCCGCAUCAUCUACAUGUACCACAGCCGCGACCCGAAGAACGGUGCCCAGGGCAUCGGCACGCUGCCCGAUCCGACCGACGCGUUCAAAGACUCCGUGCCGAUCUUUCUGACGCAGCGCGUCAACCAGGUGCCGAUCGAGCUGGACUCGCGAACCCGGACGCUCGAGUUGCGCAACAAAGACGUCCCGAUACCGCAGACGGACGAGAACCUGCGCUGGUGCACGACGUUCAAGCUGGACCAGUUCGUCCGCAAGCAUCACAUGAUUCGGUACGAACCGAUCAUCGAGAAGCGAUCGAACAUUCCGCACCUGAAACACAUCGUGCUGUACGAGUGCCAGGGGUCCACGCCGGAACUGGAGAUCAUGUCGCGCGAGUUCGGACGCUCCUGCGGUCAGGUGGAGAAGGAACUGCUGACCUGCAACUCCAUAGUGGCCGCCUGGUCCCGCGGAUCGGAGGGCUUUACGUACCCGCUCGAGGCUGGUUAUGCGCUGGACUCGUACCAGGCACGCUUCUACAUGAUGGAAACGCACUACAUGGGCUUCCAGAGCAACUCGGUCGAUCUGACGCCGCGCGUUGAUAACUCGGGGCUGAGGUUGUACUACACGACGACGCUUCGGAAGCACGACGCUGGAGUGCUCUCGGUUGGUAUUCAACCGAACUGGCGCCACAUCAUCCCGCCGGGCCAGGAUCAGGUGCUCUCCGAGGGUCACUGCAUCGAGGAGUGCACCCAGCGUGCCUUCCCCCGUCCCGGAAUCAACAUCUUCGCCGUGAUGAUGCAAACCAACCAUAUGGGCAAGAAGAUCAGCUUGCGGCAGGUUCGCCAGCGGGAAGAGCUGACACCCAUCGCUCACGACACGAAUGUUGACGCCAACUACCAGGAGUUCCGUCGGUUACACACACCCGUGAAGGCACUUCCCGGUGAUCGGUUGAUCGCGGAGUGUACGUACGACAGCACGGGACGUAAGACGAUCGCCCUCGGUGGCUACACGUCACGCGACGAAACCUGCCUGGUACUGACGCUGUACUACCCGCGCCAGAAGGAGCUCACCUCGUGCCACUCGAUCCCGAGCCUGCCGACAGUCCUUCACGCGGUCGGUAUCAACGAGCUGGCGGCCGGCACGAACCCGAUUCGCAUCUCGUCGCCACCGGAAAUCGCCGGCAUGACGCUCGAGGAGCGCCUAGUCACCUACGACUGGCGGGUAAACUUCAACGCCUUCCAGAACGUCAUCCGGAAGGGUGCCUUCAAGCCGCUCUGCUGGAGCGCCCGUAAUACCCCCAUCCCGGGUACGGACAACAUUGAUGCCUAUGCACCGGAGCUAACCAAAUUCUGGCGCCCGAUACCGACGUGCAGCUUUAGCGGUGGCACGUCCGCCGGCGGUUCCAACAGCAUCAACCGGUUCGUCACCGAGCGGGACAUCAGCCUCGACUGGCCGCCGCUGGAGGACGAGCGGAACAACGUGAUCGAGGGUGCGGCCCGCAGCAAAUCGAUCCGCAGCUCGGCCGCAUCGACGAGCCUUGCCGCGGGGUUGGCGACCGUGUCGCGGGUUAUUCUCUUUGUCAUCUUCAUCAACACCGUUAGGUUACUGUGA